ACGUCACUGCCAGGCGCCGGGUGGCACGUUGGCCGAGCCUUCGGCGGGCUUUCUGCGGAGAAAAAUGGCUUUGGCCAGCGAUUUCUAUUUGCGCUACUAUGUGGGGCACAAGGGCAAGUUUGGACACGAGUUUCUGGAGUUCGAGUUCCGGCCGGACGCAGUUUUUGCUGUUAUAGAUUGAAUUUUUUUCCACUCCCCACAGGAAAGCUUAGAUAUGCCAACAACAGCAACUAUAAAAAUGAUGUCAUGAUCAGAAAAGAGGCAUACGUACACAAGAGUGUGAUGGAAGAACUGAAGAGGAUUAUUGAUGACAGCGAAAUUACGAAAGAAGAUGACGCUUUGUGGCCCCCCCCUGACAGGGUUGGCCGGCAGGAGCUUGAAAUUGUAAUUGGAGAUGAACACAUUUCUUUUACUACAUCAAAAAUAGGUUCUCUUAUUGAUGUAAAUCAGUCCAAGGAUCCCGAAGGCCUUCGAGUAUUUUACUACUUGGUACAAGACCUGAAAUGUUUGGUUUUCAGUCUUAUUGGAUUACAUUUCAAGAUUAAACCAAUUUAAAUUAUAUGUUUUUGAAGCUGUUUUUAUAUUUAACUAAGGGAUUGGUAAAGGGGGGUUAUUUGUCAUUUACAUUAUCAGGAUUUUUAUGUAUGUGAAGCAAACUCAUUUUUUUGUAUGCAAAUUGAAAAUAAGAAAAUAUAUAAACAGGCUUAAUGGUUAUCUUCACUUUUGUCUACGUGGGUUGGACAGUGCCCCCAUGCAUUAGAUUCUGUACAUAAAAGCACCUGUUGAAAUUUUGCUCCAAUAAAACUUACCAAAGCCUGGGUGGAGAGUGCUUUUUUCAGGAGGCAAUGUCUCUCAUCACUUUAAAGAUUAUAAAAAAUUGUUGGAGGUACAUGCUAUGGCAGAAAUUCUUUCAGGUAGAAAUAUGUAGCUGGAAUAAAGGCAAUUAUUUCUUUCAUACCUGAUGGGAUUUAGGUUUUUGGUGAUUAUGGAGGUUGUUUUCAGAAGGUUCUGGAUUUUUUACAUUUAUCACAAAUUCCUCAGGGAUUAUUUACAUUGAGAUGUUUUUGGUAUAAACAGUGAUUUCCUGAAGGAUGACAAGUAAAGGCAGUACCCCAAGUUAGGCACACUUUUUAUUGAGCCUUUAUUCCUUAUUUCACAAAUACAUAUUUUGUGUAUCUUUUGGAA